CCUGAACUAGACAGAUUCGGGAUAUACUAGUGCAAAACUCUGUUUGUCCUAAUGAUCUGCCGUAGUGCGAUUUCACAUUCAAGAUGGCGGCCACCAUGGCGAGGUGUUUCCCUGGGCUGGUCAGGCCGCUGGCCGCGCGCACGGGGAGCUGCUGUGUCUCCGGGCUGCUGAGAACUCACGCGACGCCUCAAACUCGCCUCCUGUCUGACCUCUCACGCGGACCCGUCCAGAGGUUCGCGCUGAUCCCUGCUACCGGCGGCAUAGCGGCCGCGUCCUCGCGGGUCCCGCAGGGUGGUCUGCUGAGCCGCGUCCUCCCACUGCUCCCUGCAGCGCUGGCGCCCCCUAGCAGGAGUCUGACGUACUACAGCCUGAAGUACGGCAAGCGCAAGUCCUGCCACUCCGUGCCCAAGCGCUUCCUGCGGCUGCACUGCGGCCUCUGGCUCCACAGGAAGGCGGGCUACAAGAAGAAGCUGUGGAAGAAGAUGCCGGCGCGUAAGAAGCGUCUGCGUGAGCACGUGUUCUGCAACAAGACGCAGAGCAAGCUGCUGGACAAGAUGACCAGCCGGGUCUGGAAGAGGAGGACCUGGUACCUCAACGACCCGUACCUCAAGUACCACGACCGGGUCAACCCCAGGUGGUGACACACACAAGUGUGUGUGUGUGUGUGUGUGUGUGUGUGUGUAAAUAUUCAUAUUUGUGUCUAAACAAACUUUCAAAUGUCAUUUAGCUCAGUUACGUCAUUCUGUCAUGAAUAAAUAAAGGAUUAAUUUAUGUUCAUGCUCUUCUGUCGUGAAUAAAGAAGGAAGACC